CGAACAUGCCACGAAACUCCCAUCAGCGGCGGUAGAUUGAGUUACCAGCUGCAGUCUUUUAUUUUCUCGGUGACCGUGGGAAUCAAAUGAAUCGUCAAAUCAUUGUUCGUAUUUCCCGCAGCGUACCAAGAGAACACUCCAUUGGCGCGACUCUAAAUGACGUUAUGCUGGACCUCAUCCGGACCUAAUUCUACACCCAGGCCGCACUUUGACAGAUGGCCGCCGGGACGAUCAAACCGUGCCAUCACAACAUCUUUAAGAAAAGAAAAAAAAGAAACAAACUAUGUUCCAGCUGACAGACCUCCCCGACACCCUUUUCCUCGAGAUCCUCUCCCUCCUCACCCCACGCGAGAUCGUCCUCCACCGCCUCGUCUCCCACGCGUCCCACGCUGCCCUCACGAGACCGGACCUCUCGCGGGCCCUCCUCCACGUCUUCUUCGCCAGGUCCUUGGAAUGCCGACUCUUGCGGUCCCGAGAACACCGGCGCUCGUACCAGGGAAGCGGACAGCCGGGACGGAAAGCACCACCGACGGGGAGCGUCGAAGCCGUAACCGAACCGGAGCCGGACUGGCCUGCCCUCUUCACCUCCGUGGCCCGGCGUUAUCACAACCUCUCGAGGGCGGCAUUCCACUCUCUCACCAAGAUCCCGAUUCUGCCGCCGUCGCCUCCUCUCCGCCGCUUUGAACCCUGGGCCCGCCACCUCUGCGUCGACAUCCACCUGGCGCCCCUCCAACUCCCGGACCCGAACUGGACAUGCGCCGAGGGCGUGCUCGUGUAUCCUUCUCCGGCCCCUGUAGCCCCUUCCCCGCCUGACGUAUCCGUCACGACGCCUCCUCAGAACCCGUAUCCCUCGCUGCCUUCCUCUUCCGCAUCCGCAUCCCCAGCUUCGGCGUCUUCGGAAGCCCCGGUCCUGAGGGCUUUGGACCUGGACUCGGGUGACGAGUCGAUAGUCCCCUUUGACUGGACGGAGAAAGUUGUCCGCCGAGUGCGCCUCGCCCAGGGCAUCCUCGUAAUCGAAUGGGCCGAGACGCAGGGAUUCCAUCCCCUGAACGAGGGUGAGGUCGCACAUCGGCACUUCGCCACGGCCUUCGACGUGGCCGCCGUCUCCUCGCCUCUCUAUCAUCGUCGCUCCCGGGAUGGCAAGCCGCCAGGAACCCGCGAAGCAAGCGGUGAGCCAUCAGUGACAGACGAGAGGGGAGACGGAGCAACCGGCAAAAAAGCCCCCGUGGUCACAUUCCGCUCGGAAUGGAAGAUGCACUACCUGGGCCUCCCCAUCCUUGCGCAAGACCGCGUCUUCUCAACCCACAACGCAACCCACUACGCCCUCUUCGCCCACCAGCCCACCCGCUCUCCCUGGGGCGAGGACGACCCCCUCGAGCGCCUCGUCGUGUGGUCACUCAACGGGCCCUCCCCCUACAGACCCAGCCUUGACCCGUCAUCUUCGCACAGGCCGUCCCUGGACCCGGGUCCCGACGUCGUCCUCCGCCUCACGAACGGCGAGCUGGACCAUUGGGGCGUAAGGCAGCUCAACACGCCGCGGCUGAUGAAGCUCGCCCUUGAUGUGUUCGACGCCGAUGACGACGGCGGGGAAGAAAUGAGACGGGUCGCUGGCCACGUCUUCGUCCAGGAGGAAGACCACCUCUGGUCCUCGGGCCCACACGCCUCCGAGAACCCCCCGGCGCGACACACGGUACGUAGUGUCGGCAUUCCGCUCUCCGGGACCGGACCGCGGUGGGUCCACGAGUGCGGCGCAGACGGCGACGCCGAGAGUUCCUUUUGCCCCGCUGCCCGGGCGCCGCCCCAGACCACCGCCGCCGACGCUGAGCCGACAUGGCCCGGGCGGGCCCCCUGCUGGCGCCAUGAGGAGUUUCCCUAUCUCACCGUCGCUGAGUCGGUGGACGCCGCCGCGGGUGUCAGGGUUUGCGGCAGGCAGUGCUUCACGAUGGAGACCGUCAGCGUGAACGUGGGCGGCAGCGCCCUCGCCGCAGGUGCCGAGGCGGCGGUGCGGUGCGAGACGCAAUUCGAGGACGACAUGUGGAAGACGGUCCUAAAGGGCGCGGCGCUCGCGGGGGACGAGAGGUGGAUUGUUGGGGAGGAUGCUGCGGGGGACGUGAGCGUGGUUCGAUUCUGA